CUGCAGAUUUUAACCGGUGAAGACUGGAAUACGGUGAUGUACAAUGGUAUAGCAUCGUUUGGUGGUGUUGGCUCUUGGGGUGUUCUUGUUUCGGUUUAUUACAUUGUUUUAUUUAUAUGUGGUAACUACAUCCUGCUCAAUGUUUUCCUUGCCAUCGCAGUGGAUAAUUUAGCGGAUGCCGACAGUUUGACGAAUGCUGAAAAGGAGGAAGAGCAAGCAGAAGUGGAGGAAGAAGUGGCAGAAGAUGAUUAUGAGGAUGAGAAGUAUGAUGAAAAUGGCAAUGAAGAGGCCAGAGAUGAUAGCCGGUCCCUUUUCUUUUUGUUCCUUGCGCCAAAGUGUCAAAAGUCCACUCUUUUUGCGCAAAAGAUACCCUGA